AUGUCUCUGCACCUUUCCAAGCAACAGAAGGUCUGGGCCACUAUCGAUGAGCUCGUCUCGGCCAAGAAAAGGGUUGAGCUUGACGGGACGUCGCUGUCGAUUGCUGCAUUGAUCGCCAUAUCUAGAUAUGGGCUACCCUUCACGGUUUCUAAAUCGCAUGAGCUUGCCGGGCGGAUGAGCAAAAGCAUCGAUGUUCUUAACGAAAACCUCGACAAACACGAUAUCAUUUAUGGUGUGAACACGGCUCCCGGCGGAAAUGCAGACUCCCGAACAAGAACCAGCAGUAGGCUUCAACAUUCAUUUUUCCAGCAUCACCAAGCAGGUAUUCUCCCAGAGACUGUAUCAAGUUCGGCAGGGCAAACCAUCAAUCCGCAAAGCCUUUCUGAAACUAUGGUACGAGCACUGACGGUUGUGCGAUGCAACUCCCUUGUGAGAGGCCACUCUGCCAUUAGGCAGGGCGUAGUAGAGUCACUGGCCAUGAUGACCUCUCAGGGCAUCACGCCACUGAUUCCAACCCGCGGGAGUAUAUCUGCCUCUGGAGAUUUAUCCCCCCUCUCAUAUCUCGGAGGGCUUCUGGAGGGGAACGAAGGCAUUUAUGCUCGUGUACCCGGUCCUCAUGGCCAUUCGAAUAUAGUUCCCGCCCGUCAGGCACUAGAAGCCCUGGCUCUACCGCCCGUGGCUCUGGAGCCGAAAGAAGGUCUUGCUAUCAUGAAUGGCACCGCUGUCAGCACUGGAUACGCCGCUCUAGUGAUUCACGAUUGCCAUGACCUGGCCAUCAUUUGUCAGCUGCUUACUUCGAUGGCCGUCGAGGCUCUGUCUGGCAUGCGGAGCAAUUUCCAUCAGUUCAUUUCCGAAGUACGGCCCCAUGCUGGUCAAAAUGAGGUCGCAAGCAAUAUUAGAGAUUUCUUGAGUGGAUCAAAGCUUUGCAGUGCCGACGAUAUCGACUCUGAAGGUUUGGCACAGGAUCGCUAUGCGCUUCGAACUGCACCCCAAUGGAUUGGUCCACAGCUGGAAGAUUUAUGUUCAGCUGAGGCCCAGAUUUCGGUCGAACUAAAUUCGACAACGGACAAUCCCCUCAUUGAUGUCUCAAACAACUGUGUUCAUCAUGGUGGUAAUUUCCAGGCCGCUUCAAUAACCUCUGCGAUGGAAAAGUCACGCACUGCCAUUACUAUGCUUGGAAGACUUUUGUUCGGCCAGUCUGGAGAGCUCGUCAACCCAGACUUGAACAAGGGUUUGCCUCCAAACCUUUCCGCAGAUGACCCUACAGUCUCAUUCACCUGCAAAGGUAUCGAAAUCAACAUGACUGCAUACUAUUCAGAACUGUGCUUCUUGGCAAACUCCGUCGCAAGCCAUGUUCAGACAACAGACCGAAACAAUCAGUCGGUGAACUCGCUUGCUCUGGUAUCGUCAAGAAUGACCGAGAAAGCGACCGAGCUACUAGCCAUGAUGUCCGCUACUCAUCUAUUCACACUAUGUCAAGCCCUGGAUUUGCGUGCGCGUGACGAAGACUUUCUCCAAGAAGCUCACAAGUUGAUGCGAAAGAAUUUUACAGAUCUCUUCACUGGGACUCUCAAUAUUGACGAGAUAUCAACCGCUGUCGCCUCUCUGUGGACAACCUUCCGUUCAUCAUGGCAGAAGAACAAUACACUCGAACCAAGCAAAAGAUGCCAGCAAGUCUCUUCCGAUAUCGUAUCAUAUCUGAUGGACAAGUUCGACUUCUCGACUGGAAAGCUUGCACAUAUUCUCCAACGGCUUCAGGGUUGGCAGAAUGUUCUACGCAAUGAUCUAGUAUCUGAAUACGCCUCAGUACGAGAUGCCUUCUUCAUCAAGCAAUCGACUCAUUUGUAUCUAUCAAAGUCCACUGUCAGACUGUACAAUUUUGUCAGGAACCAGUUACAGGUUCCUUUUCACAGGGGACUACCUGAUCACCCUCCUCUGAAAGACCAGAGCGAACACAAGCAGGCUGCUGAAACGAUUGGGACGUGUGUUUCUCGGAUCUUUGUAGCUAUUCAGGACAAAACUAUAAUUGAGGCCAUCAAAGAAUAG